AUGGCUCCGCUGCCUCUGUGCCCGAUGCUAGGGCUGUUUCUGCUGCUGCUCCUGGGAUCUGGACCCGGGCUCAGAGCAGCUCCCCAGAGGUCACAUGUGCACCGACGUGGGCUCAUAGGACUGGCCGGGGCUAUUGACUGUGUUGGCCCUCGCCCUGCCUUGGUCUACGUGAAAUAUGGCUGCUUUUGUGGUCUGGGGGGCCAUGGCCAGCCCCAGGAUGCCAUAGACUGGUGCUGUCAUGCACACGACUGCUGCUAUGCACAUGCCGAGAACUCCGGCUGCAGUCCCAAGUUGCAGCCCUACUCCUGGAAUUGCGUCAGUCAGAUUGUCAAGUGUGAUUUCAGUGGGAAGUCGUUCAGCUUUUCACCACUGUUAUGUUGGCUGUGGGAACAAGCUUUUCUUGAAGGAGCAUCUGAAAGAGACUUGGAGAGAAAAGAACCAACGGAGGACAAAUGCCAAGAACUCAUAUGCAAGUGUGACCAGGAGUUUGCCCACUGCUUAGCCCGAACAGAGUACAACAUUAAGUACCUCUUCUAUCCCAAUUUCUUGUGUGGGAACUAUUCACCUGAAUGUGACUGA